GGUUAACUCAUUUUGAAACUUAAUAAUGUCCACUCAAAUGACGCCCUGGGUCAACUCAAAUUGCGCCCAAAAAUAAAGGCAGACUGGAUCAUCCAUCCCAUUCCAUUUAUUCGCUUUUAUGGACAGCGCCAAGCUCAGCAUCAGCCUGAUCUUCUUCGCCUGGGCCCAUCUCGAUAGUAAAUUCUCCUGCGCAACGGUACCUGUUGGCGUGUGGCCCGGAGGGUAUGGGAAACACAGUAUCGGUAUUGAUGCCCUUGCCCCGCCAGUCGAUGUACUCGGCUUUGACGUCUUCCUCCUCUUCGCUGGCAUCGUUGAUAUUGUCCUUCUUCGUAUCCUCCUCUUCACUGGCGUCUUUUAUGGAGACGUUGCGUUGUCGGUAUUAUUGCACCACUGUAGAUCAGGCGCUCUUUCGAAAUUCGGCCAGUUCUCCACUCGGGGGCUCGCAUCAAUAACGCUCUGGCUCCCGUCCAUUGCUGCCCAAUCUAAUGAGAACACUACACGGAUAUGUUCAAGGCAUCGGGCUUCAAGUUGCUGUAUGAUUGCGCUGCUCAAUGGCGUACGAUCAUUGCAACCGAAUAAUAUUUAUUGGAUCCCUUUGCAAAGGACUGUCUCAACCGCAGAUAGUGCAACACUUCGCAUGGCUGCGUGAGGUGAGAGGUGAGGUGAGAGGUGCAGAAAUCGAGUAGGCGGACCUUUUAUUUUUAUUUUUUUAUGCCUUGUGUAGUUGCUCCCGUCAUUUGAGU